AUGUUUCCCCACGUGCCAGCGUUAGAGACGGUCUUCCGAGCGUACAAGUCCGCCUCGCGGAAGAACAAAACGGCUGACGGCCUCCAACUGGCCUUCCUCGGGCAUCUGCUGGGCGAUCAGGUCUUCUUUCUCACGUACUGUCACGUACUGUGCGCCGCCGCCGACGAGGAGGAGGCACGAGACGCCGCGCAGGCCUGUAACGUGCCACUGGCCAACCUGCCGGCGUUCGCAGACGCCUUCCGCUGCCCCGUCGGCUCGCGCAUGAACCCGUCUUCCAAGUGCACCUUCUUCGACGAAGGCAGCCGUGGGGCUUGA